AUGUCUGAAAAUGUUAUAAAGCUGAGAAGAGUUAAAAAUAGGCCUCUCAAAGAUCUUGUGAAAAAGACAAAAUCCAGAAGAGUAUCUGUAGGGUCUUCUAUUUUAACACCUAAUGAGGCUCACAAGAAGCAGCUAAGUGUAAGAUUUUAUGAGAGAGACACUCUAGAUGAUAUAAGGGAUGUUUCCACAGAUAUUGAUAAUAUAAGCACAACAAUCAACAGUCUCUUUGAUACCCAAGAGAUACCAAAGAAAAAGUUCCCAAAACUAAAAACCUUGACAACCAGAUACUCUCCUGAAAAAAUUGUUAAAAAUUACGAAGAAAUCGAGAUAUUGAAAAUCAUUAAGGAGACAAAACCAUCAAGGAAGAUUUUCCUUAAGACUGGACUCAAACGAAUGAUAAUUUCGUAG